CGAGAGCGGACGAGGCUCCUAUCCCAGUAGCAAGCAGGAAGCCGAUAUACGACGCUGUAAUCCGGCGACUGUGCCAUGAACUCGCUCGAUCAACGCCAUUCACAUGGCGUUCAUGGGCCGCCACGUGGCGCCUGUGCAUGAGCUGUCAAUUGCACUAAGCUGGAACAUGGAAGAUCAUUGCGGCCCCAUUUCACGGCACCAUGGGGGAUGAGAGAAAUCCGACCCUGCGCGCUCUCCCUCACUCGAGAGCUGUUUGCCACACUCUCAUUCUCAACGGCACGCUGCUUCCGUAGCACUUCUCCCUGAGCAGUCGUUUGGCUUUAUCCAAGUUCUUUCGAUUUCUUGCUCCGUCCAACCGAAGCAGCCCACAACUCGUAGAACGCAUCCUGUUCUGGUCCCACCGAAGUGAAUCUCGGCGACUAGUAAUCUCCACUUUCCCACAUUCCUGUGAUUCCAGACUAGACUGAUUCGAGACCGACUGCCAUGGCGCAGCAGCAGGCGCGUGAGCUCAAGGCGGAAGGAGAGACGCCUUCCCCGAUCACGAUGGCCGACGUGGCUUCUAAAGCGGCGAAGCGAGAGCAGCUUGCAGCGGAGGAUCGGCCCGUGACAAAGAAGGAUGCGGCGUACCAGCAGAUGGCAGAGACCGCCAAGCACGGCAAGACGCUCCCAGGCGGGCCAGCUGCUACGCUGCAGUCGGCAGCAGACAAGAACGUGCAGAUGGGAGUACCGCUGAGCAUCAGCAGCGAGGAGAGGAGUGCGGGAACAAGGAAGACACAUGAGAGCACAGUGAAGGGCCCUGGAAGAGGGGCACAGGCGAAGACAGGUCCAGAGCUGUCAAGGGGCGCAGCAGCCAUAGCGAGUGAAGGCGUGGAGGGGAAGACAACAGAGGAAGGUGGGGACAUGCCACUGAGUGCUGGGAGUGGUGGUGCUGGCAGCCUGAAGACUGUGCCCAAGGAGGACUAGACUGAAGUUUUAUGGGGACGUGCAUGAUGGUGUGUGAAUAUGUUUUGUUUUGGACCUUUUUCAUGCUAAUGAUGGACUUGGGUGCUGAUGAGAUCAUU